AUGGCGCCCGGCCCGGACAUCGUCCGGUCCUUAACCCCCCCCACAAACCCCGACCGCCCCCACCGAUCCCCUCCCGGUUACGGCGGGGACCCCUCUCCAAGCGUCUCCCUCCCCGCCCCCCCCCGCGGCCCGGCAGUGGUUCGCCCCGCGGCGCGCCGAUUGGCCGGCCGCUUAAAGGGGCAGGCAGGGCGCGCUUUUCCGCCCUCCGUCGCGGCGGCGGCGGCGGCGCGUGCCCCCCCCUCGCCCGCCCGCGCGCGCGGGCGGCGCUCCCCGGGCGGGCGGCGCUCCCCGGGCGGGCGGGGGGCGCGCGCGCGCGCGCGCGGCCCCGCGCCCCCCCUGCCACCCGGCGGCGUCGCCAUGGAGACGGCGGACGGUGGCCGCCGAGGGCCGCAAAGGGCGGCGCGGCAGCGGCGGGCGGCUCGGCGCGGGGCCAUGGCGGCGGCGGCGGCGGCGGGGCCGGGGCCGGGAGGUGCCGGUACCGGUGGCGGUGUCGGUGUCGGUGUCGGUGGGGCCCCGCGGUACCGGCUGCUGGCCGAGAUCGGCCGCGGGGCGUACGGCGUGGUGUACGAGGCGGUGUCGGGCCGCGGCGGCGCCCGGUUGGCCGUGAAGCGGGUCCGCUGCGACGCCCCCGAGAACGUGGAGCUGGCGCUGGCCGAGUUCUGGGCGCUCACCAGCCUGCGGCGGCAGCACCCCAACGUGGUGCGCUUCGAGGAGUGCGUGCUGCAGCGGCACGGCCUGGGGCAGCGCAUGAGCCACGGCAACAAGCGCAGCCAGCUCUACCUGCGCCUCGUCGAGACCUCCCUCAAAGGUGAGAGGAUCCUGGGCUACGCGGAGGAGCCGUGCUACCUCUGGUUCGUGAUGGAGUUCUGCGAGGGGGGAGACCUCAACCAGUACGUGCUGUCGCGACGGCCCAACCCGGCCACGAACAGGAGCUUCAUGCUGCAGCUGACCAGCGCCAUCGCCUUCCUGCACAAGAACCACAUCGUCCAUCGGGACCUGAAGCCGGACAACAUCCUCAUCACCGAGAAAUCCGGCACCCCGGUUCUCAAGGUGGCCGACUUCGGGCUCAGCAAGGUGUGUGCUGGUCUCACAGCUCGGGGCAAGAAGGGCGUCAACGAGAACAAAAAGGUGAAUGUGAACAAGUACUGGCUGUCCUCGGCUUGCGGCUCCGACUUCUACAUGGCCCCCGAGGUCUGGGAGGGACACUACACGGCCAAGGCUGACAUCUUUGCCCUCGGCAUCAUCAUCUGGGCCAUGAUCGAGAGGAUAACUUUCAUCGAUGCCGAGACCAAGAAGGAGCUGCUGGGGACCUACAUCAAGCAGGGGACUGAGAUUGUGCCCGUUGGGGAAGCGCUGCUAGAAAACCCAAAGAUGGAGCUGCACAUCCCUCAGAAACGCAGGACUUCCAUGUCUGAGGGGAUCAAGCAGCUCCUGAAAGACAUGUUGGCUGCUAACCCGCAGGAUCGACCUGAUGCCUUUGAGCUUGAAACCAGGAUGGACCAGGUUACAUGUGCUGCUUAAAUUCAGGGCAGGGCACCGCUGUGCUGUGCAGCUGG